UUGAGUUCGCCCGGCGGACAUUGCCCCGUCGCCGAACUGGAACAAGCCCUGGGCCUGACCUUUCAGGACCGGGGCUUGCUCAUUCAGGCCCUCACCCACCGUUCCUAUGUCAACGAGACCGGCGGCUCGGACACCGAUUCCUACGAGCGCCUUGAGUUCCUUGGGGACGUUAUCGUGCGCCUCAUCGUGAGCGAGGAACUUUUCCGCCGCCUGCCCGAAUGUGACGAAGGCGGCCUCACCCGGCGCUGGACCGCUCUCCUCAGCCAGCGCGCCCUUGCCGCCGCCGCCCGGGAUCUGAGCCUCGCCCAAUAUGUCCUGUUAGGCCGAGGCUUCGAGGCUUCGGGAGGGCGAAGCGGCGACGCAGUCCUGGGCGACGUGAUGGAAUCCGUCAUCGCCGCGGUGUACCUAGACCAGGGCUAUGCGGCCACCUGCGAUUUCGUCCUGCGCGCCCUGUCCGCCCCCAUCGAAGCGGCAUGCCAACCCGGCUGGCGCCCAGACAAUCCCAAGGCCGAACUCCAGGAGCUUCUCCAGGGCCAGGGAAAGCCCACCCCCGUCUACCGCGUGUUGGCGUCCUCCGGUCCCUCUCACCAGCCCAGUUUCGACGUUGAGGUCGCCACCGGGGAGGAAAUCCUCGGAUCCGGCGCCGGCUCGAGCAAGAACGCCGCCGAAGUUGCCGCCGCUCGCGCCGCCCUGGCUGCGCUUGCGCGUGGGUGA